ACCUCAACACUUCUUCUACCAAAGAAAGACACCCUCCAAAAAAAAAUAUCAAAUUAACAAUGUCUUCACUCUUUUCAUCAAAACGCACGGUUUGGUUCCCCAUCUUGGCAUUAGCCAUACAAAUUCUAUCUAUACAUAGCGUUUUGUCACAAAGCCAGAACAAUGCGUUUCUCUACCACAAGUGCUCUGACAUUGAAGGAAGCUUCACCUCGAAAAGUCUCUACCAGUCAAAUCUCAACAAUCUCUUUCCUCAGCUCUCUUACAUAGUUCCAUCCACCGGUUUCGCCGCCUCCUCCUCUGGUAACACUCUAGACAACGUCAACGGUUUGGCCCUUUGCCGCGGCGAUGCCUCAUCUUCUGACUGUAGCUCCUGUCUUGCAACCGCCAUCCCCGAGAUACGUCAAAGAUGUCCGAACAACAAGGCGGGAAUAAUAUGGUACGACAACUGUCUUCUCAAGUAUUCCUCGACCAAAUUCUUUGGGAAAAUCGAUUACGAGAACAGGUUUUACUUGUACAACGUCAACAAUGUGAGCGAUCCAACAUCCUUCAACACGCAGACGAGAGCUCUUUUAAUCGAGCUGACUAAGAAUGCGACUACUAGAGGCAACCAGAAGCUGUUUGCGACAGGAGAGAAAAAUAUCGGAAAGAAGAAGUUGUACGGACUAGUGCAGUGUACGAGAGACUUGAGGAGUGAGAGUUGUAAGGCGUGUUUAAAUGGGAUUAUUGGGGAGCUUCCUAACUGUUGUGAUGGUAAAGAAGGAGGGAGAGUUGUGGGUGGGAGCUGUAACUUUAGGUAUGAGAUUUACCCUUUUGUGAACACUGCUUGAUUAGAGGUCCAAGUUGAAACGGGUCCAGAGCCAAACAUGGUCUUAUUUAGUUUGUUAUUAGAGUCUAUGUGAUAUAUAUGUAUGAAAAUGUAUUGUAUGUUGUUGUUUCUAUAAUGUGUUGAGCCAAUAAAUUGUAAUCUUCUCUUUGCUGGUUGUUUUGUACAAUGGGCAUAUAUAGAGGCUUGUUCGACUACUAUAAUAAAACAUUCGGUUCGCCAAUGUA